AUGGAAACUGUUAUUGGUAAUGUUAUGGAAAAAUAUAAAAACAGCGAGGUGAUUCAAAUGGAAUUGAUGACAUGCAAAGAAAUGUAUUUAAGAGGAAUCGCUGUACAUCAUAGUGGAUUGUUAAAAGUAACAAGAUCUUUCGUUGAAACUUGCUUAGAAUAUAAACACAUUGUAAUGAGAGGAACAAAUGGAGAAAGAUUAGUAUAA